AAGAAGAAGAAGAAGAAGAAGAGGUAGAGGCUGACGGGUUCGAGGUCGAGGUCGAGGUUGAGCCCGCAGACGGGGAUGAAGAAGCCUUGCUGCCGGCGACCUGGGGGUUGCUGGAGUUGAUAUUGCUGGUAUUAUGAUGAUGAUGAUGCUUACUGCUGCUGCUACUGCUGAGACUGCUGCUGCUGGCGAUGUGGUCUUCGAGCGGGAUGUAGGGCCGGUGCUUGAGAUGCUGGUGGAGGGAGUUUGAUCUGUCAAGCGCAGGCCUGCUCAUUGAAAGAGAUGUUACAGAGACUAUACGGCGGAAGUAGAAGUAGAGGAAGAAGCAAGGGGCCGGGGAGAGCAGGGCAUGAAGGGAUUAUCAAAAGAGAGAAGAAGCGAGAGAAGGAGAGGAAGAGGAAGAGGAAGAAGCGGAGAUUGAUGUUUAAGGAAGAAGAAGGGAAGAAGAAGAAAAAGGCGAAACAACGUGGUGGAAACUCUCUUCUUUUUCUUCCUGCGUCCCUUGAGCGCUACGACUUCUCAUCCAGCAAGGGCCUUAACCCUCAAACUUCGACCUCUUUUUUUUCUUUUUUCUUUUGCUCUUAAACUAAAAGUCAAGCUAACUAAGUAAGCUCUUAGUCUUCAAUCGUCAACAUCAACGACUUUUCUCUUCUUCUUCUUCUUCCGCUUCUUCAGCGACAGAGAAGAAAAAAAAGGGGGGGGAAAAGCAAAAAAACCAAGAGGUAAGAUUACGUGACGAUACGAGGACAGGCAGCCCAGCG